AUGCUCUUUGCAGGGUUUUAGAUUUUGCAGUGCAUCUCAUUAUGAACCAUAUUAAAUGUGGUGUAUUCCGUGAUUUGCGGGUGUUUCAAAUGUGCAAUUAAUAAAGCAAUGUUCUUCAUAUGCAGCUGACGGAGACGCUUGGGAUUUUCAGCUAGAGGUGUUUGGCUGAGUACUAAUUGGAGGGCAAGAAAGAGCCCCAUUGACGACGGAGCACAAUGGAGAGGCCACACCAGCAAAGAAAACAGAAGAAUCCCAUUAUUUCCUCUUUGUUUCCGCAUGGGACGGCGUUUGUGUGACCGGCCGCCCGCCGUCACUGCGGACGCCACAAUGCGGCCCUUGUGCCGCCGCGGCAGAGGAAACCAGAGCCGACCCGGCUUCCUCGCCGCCGCCGCCGCCCCCGGAGCCGCGUGGGCAGCGGAGACGGCUGAAUGAACGCCACAGUCCUCGUUGGCAGCGGCCUUCUGGGAAAGGAAACACAGGCAGGUUUGUCCAGGUGAUGUCGUCCGACAGCAGCAGCUGUUGGAGCCCAUUGAACAUUCAUUCCUCUUGUUACGGGAUAUUAGAGUCUGUGGCAAACACGUUGAUUUGUGUUGAACUAACCUCGUCAUCUGCCUUAAUCUAAAUCACUGCCUUUGCUGUCACGCACCAAUGCAACAUGCAAUCUCCCAGUAUGGCUGUGGAACAAAAGCAAAGAGCCCACAUUGCUUCAUCCGUCUGGCUGUAAAUCAUUUGCUACAUGAACAUCAUGCUGUUUGGUGUAGACUCGUGUUUACAAUGUUUAAAUCAAGAGAGGGGCCGUUUUCUCAUGGACGUCUAUGGGACCAGAGGAGUCGCCCCCUGGUGGACAGUGCAGAGAACGCAGUUCACAUUCACAUCAUUCAGCUGAGGCUUUUACCCAAAGCGACUAUGAGUGAAAUCCAACCAAGAGGGUUCGGGACCCAGAGUCCAGAGUACAAAGAGCUGAAGGUGAGUGCUAAUAAGUGCUUCCUGGUCCAGGUACGCGCAGGAGAGGAUCUUCAGCUUCACUUCCAAUACAGCAGUAAGAGGGGAAAGUGUGAAAUAGGGUUUGGGUCACAUGUAGGCCACCAGUGGGAGUCAUGUUCAUGUCUCUAAAUGAGGAGAAAGAAGACAAAGGGACCCUGUCGCACUUUCAUCUGGCCGUCAACAGACUGGACCAUAUGACCACAGUGAGGAUGCGAGCGUGAGGGGGGGGGGGGCAGAGAUCCUGCGGGUACGACAGCUGCUGAACAUUCACGGCUGCGGACUGAAGAGCCAACAGCAACGAGGACUUGACUCCCAGAAGUCAGGAGUUAAUGAGGAAGUCCAGAAGCUUUGAAGACGUCUUCCUCAUGUGGGACGACGCAGGACGAUGAUCACACUUCUUCACGUCACAGCUGCAGGAGCUGAGAGAGAGAAGAAGGACUCCCUUCAUGAUGAACUUCGCCGUGGUUCUUCUGUUUACGGCCAGCUGCUUUGCCUGGUCUUCGGCUAUCUACUCCUCCAACAGAGACGGACCCAAGAAGCUGAAGUACCUCCUGGAGACGCUGCUGCACGCCGACGUCGUCGCCCGGAGGGGCGAAAACGCCACCCUGCCGUGUAUCCUGAGAGCCAAGCCCAGCCAGUACAAAGUGAAAUGGACCAAGCUGGAGCCGCAGCGCGUGGGUCGGGAGGACGUCGUCAUGGUAUCCAACGCGCACGCCUUCAAGCCCUACGGCCGCCUUGGCGGGCGGGCCGCCCUCUCCAAGGCGCACGCCAUGGACGCCUCCCUGCAGCUCCGCGGCCUUGAGCUGGAGGAUGGCGGCACGUAUCGCUGCGAGCUGGUCUACGGCAUCGAGGACGAGAGUGUGGUCAUAACGUUGAGGAUUGAAGGUGUGGUGUUCCCGUACCAGAGUGGAAGUGGCCGCUACAGACUCACGUUCCACGAGGCUGAGGAGGCCUGUGCUCAGCAGGACGCCACUUUAGCCUCGUUCGGCCAGCUGUACCGAGCGUGGACGGAGGGCCUGGACUGGUGCAACGCCGGCUGGCUCCACGACGGCACCGUUCAUUACCCCAUCAUCCGCCCGCGGCCGGCCUGCGGAGGAGACCUGCUGCCCGGCAUUCGCAGCUACGGGCCGAAGGAUAAGACGCAGGAUCGAUUCGACGCCUUCUGCUUCACCUCGCUGACGUCCGGCUCCGUCUCCUACGUCCCGGGCCCCUUCUCCUUCCGCCAGGCCGGACUCGCGUGCCAACGCCAGGGCGGCGAGCUGGCGCUGGUCGGCCAUCUUUACUCCGCCUGGCGUUUCCGUGACUACGACCGGUGUGACGGCGGCUGGCUGAGAGACGGCAGCGUGCGGUUUCCCAUCCGCAGCCCCAGGGAGCACUGCGGCGGCGGCGUCCCCGAGGCGGGGGUGCGCUCCUUUGGGUUCCCCGACCAGAUGGAGCACCUGUACGGCGCCUAUUGCUAUAAGUAGCCCGAAACAAAGCACGAGUCCACCCGCUUCAUCAGAGUCCUCUGGAGAUAAAAGACACAUCCACACUAAACCGAGACACAUGUGCAUGUUUGCACUUUUUUAAAAUGUGAUUUUCAAAAUCCACAUUUAUUUGAUAAAUAAUUGGCUGAGGAAAACAGGAAGCAGUCUUUUAUUUUGGAAGCCACACACCACUCUGGCACAGUGAACAUGAAUGAACAGAACAUGUUCCACAAUCAUCCCUCUUUCACUAAUAAGGUGAUGACAUUUCUGAAGAGACUAACUGAGGUUCAGUCAAAGGUGGUCGCUUCAUUUAACACGAGAGCCGACUACGUUUUGCACUAACGCUCAACGACUUUAAGCUCCUUCAACGAUGCACUUAAUUCAUUCUAUUCCAAAGAUGUAUUCACAUGUCAAUAAAUUAUU